AUGAGAGCCUCGACUCUCGCUGCCGACCUCGUGUCGGUAGUACUGCUGUUCGGAUGCAUCACAGGCAUCCUCGCAGCCCCCAACGGACGCAAGCUCCUCGUUCGUCAGGACGCCCCUCGUGAUGAUACCUCGACCCAGCCCAGCUACGCCCUCUACGGUGGUCCCCAGCCUGAUCGCGGUGCAUACAACUAUCCCACCCAGAGCUACGGAGGAUACGGCCCCCCGCCCCCUCCACCCUCGACCACUGAACUUCCGUCGUUCUCGUCUGCCUCGACCGAGUCCAGCCUCAGCUUGGGCUCGUCUAGUUUUCCGGGCACUGGUGUUUCUACGGGUUCAUUUGGUAGCUCAACUGCCACGUCAGGUACACCCGCUUCCGGCUCGUCCAGCGCCUCGGUCACUUCCGCCACUGAAUCGACAUCCAGUAUAGGCCCAUUCUCGCUUACGUCGUCAGUCCCUGGAACUGGAACUGGAACUGGAACCGGAACUGGAACCGGAACUGGCACCUACUCGGGCAUCAGCGCGUCGGCAUCGGGUACCACUGGAUUGAACACCACCGCCUCGGCGUACCCGUCCACGGUAAACAGCGAGAUUAGCAGCCCAUACACAUCAAUUGGAGGGUUGACUUCCUCCGGAAGUGAGACACAGCCUGCAACUGGAUCGCUCAGCACAUCGGCAUCGUCUCUGCCUGUGACCACAUCGGGUUAUGCCACUACGGCUUCUCCAUUUCCUAGCUCGGAACUCGUGACGAUUGUUACGGUCUCUUCGGGAGUCUCGAUAACUAAGACCAUUUACCAAAAUGGAACGCGCUUCGGUACAUCGAGCACCGGACCUGAGACUGCGAGCGUCCCAAGCGCUCCAGGUACUCCAGGAUUGAGCACGAGCGGUACCUCCACGGGGCCUGGGUAUUCAGGUUCACUGAGCUCAACGAUCUCUGGACCGACACCGAUCGAAAGUAGUGGAACUACAUCGUCAGGCAUUUUGCCAUCUGGCUCAGGAAGCCCUACUACUGCGCUUUCUGUCACGCCAACUGGUUCGUUGUCUUCGGGCAGUGAAACCGCAUCCUCGGGCACUUUGUCAUCUGGCUCUGGAAGCCCUACCACUACGCUCCCAGUCACUUCGUCUGAUUCGUUGUCUUCGGGCAGUGAAGUCUCAACUCCUUAUCCUCUGACGAAUUCUUCGUUGAGCGCAGUCUCUACCAGCAGCACAGUUGGUGGCAGCGGAGCUUCUUCGGCACCUCCAAGUUUUCCAAGCAUUGGGUUCAACAGUACCUAUGUGACGGGGAUCCCGAGCAGUACGCUUACGACUCCUGCGUCAGGUGGUAGCAGUUCCAGUGGCACGAACAUCCGAUCAACAAUAGAGUCAUCAGUCGCAACCCCUAGUGGCACAUCCGCCACGCUUCGAUCAACCAGCAGUCUGAUACUGAGUAGCAUUCAGGCGUCUGGAAGCCUCACGCGCACUCCAUCUACCUCUGCUACCACAGCACCAUUCCCAAGUUCUACCGGCAGUGCCAUUGUGACCACGCCAACAUCAAGCAUACUUACGGGAACGGGAGUUACCAUAUCUUCGCCUUCAAUCACGGGACCCCUGACGUCGGAGGGAAUCGAGUCGCAGCCGACUGGCUCAGCGACCAUUCCAGCACCUUUGUUGACCAGUGUGAGCAACUCUUCCCUGCCCACUAGUCAGGGUACUGUGUCUACUUCCCAAGACACCAGCAGUACUGCACAGACGGGUACGAUCACGAACAGUGGAUCUAGCACUGUCAGUGGAUCUGGAUCUCUGCCUCCGGGCACGUCAUCUGCGCCAUACGGUAUCUCGAACUCGACAACAACCGCGGGUCCCACAGGCAGUGGCUCGGCUACUGUAUCCUUAAGUCAAUCUUAUCCGGUUAAUGCUACGACAUCUGGAAGCGCGUCGUCGGCAGAGGCUAUCUCAGCCAAUGCCACGCGCAGUUCAUCUGGCUCAGGUUCAGUUCCCAACGUCUCUGGAAGCCCGACCAUCUCAGGAAGUACUGCGCCCAGCAGCAUACUGUCGGGCAACUCGACCACUUCAUCACCCUCGGCUAGCGAAUGUGGUUCGACAACAACGAUCAUAUCGGGCUCAUCCACAUCGAUCUUCGCUGUGCCUUGCGCAAUCACAGGAUCGUCUGCUCCUCCAUCACCCUCGGCCAGCGAAUGCAGCUCGACUGUCAUAUCGGGCUCAUCCACAUCAAUUUACGCUGUGCCUUGUGCAACCAAUGGACCAUCAGCUGCCCCAUCAACGACUCCGGGAGUGAGUGGCUCUAUUCUGACACCUAGCGAGUCUUCGUCCCCAUUGUACACCAACUCGACCGGAAUUUCUGUUCCUCCUGCUGGAACGACAUCAUCGGGCACAAUUCCAGUACCUUUGUCAUCAACAGGUGCUACCAGCGCAACUCCUGGUACCGAGUCCUCUGCGACAAGUGGUCCAUCGAGCAGUCUGACUCCGCCACUAAGUACUGGUUAUGGCAGCACGAUACCAUCAUCUCCUGCAACUCCCGUCCCUUUCGCGAACUCGACUUCCGGAUCAAGUAGCCAACCUAGCACCCCUACUGAAUCUGGUAGCGAGACAAUCUCUGGUACGACGAGUGGCAGUCUCUCUUUUGUCAGCAGUGGAUUCAGCAGCUUCUUGCCGACUGGCACAUACACUGUGUUGUAUCCCACGACGAAUUCGACGAUCCCAACGAGCGGACCGACAGGGGUGUCUACCAGCUCACCUCCAGGCACAGAAGCAUCCACCCUGUCCUCCUUCCCUGCUACAUCUUUGCCAAUCGGUAGUCAAACGACUCCUUACCCGCUGAGUAACUCAACACUCCCAGCUGUCGGGCCUACCGAGUCCGCGUCGGGCAGUCUAUCUGCUACUUCAAAAUCUGGUUCCGUUUCCCUGACUGGAUCUUCCAUAUCGACCAUACCCUCAUCCGAAGUGACUCUGCCCACUAGUUCGCAGGCAACACCUUUCCCAACGAGCAACUCGUCUUCGGCGGUGAUGGGCCCCACCAGUACCUCAUCAAGCGGGUAUCCUCCUGGUUCGCAAAGUGUGGCACAGGUCCCUCCACCACCCACGCCUGGCGUGUCCUCAAACAGUAGUACACAGGCAACUCCAUUCCCGAUGAGCAACUCAACUCUCCCGACGAGCCCACCCAAUGGUACAGGACCCGUUUCUAGCGUGCCCGGAACUGAGACUGUUUCAGCAACUCCGUCUUCCACUGGUACCGAAGGGUUGACUCUACCUCCAACAAGUGGUUCUCUGUCACUGGUAGGGCCCGUUGGCACCAAUAUUUCCAGUAUCCCUGGCGUCGUGAGCACAUCUGUGACCGAGUCCGCUAAAACUCCCAGCUCGCAAACUCUGUCAUCUAUUGGAAGUCAAACCAUGUCUUUCCCAAUGUCCAACUCAACCUCACCAACAGCCGGGCCUUCAGGAGUUUCGAUCCCUUCAUCUACGGCAAGCUUAAGCAUGACGGUGUCUGGGCCUACCGAUAUCUCAUCGAGUCCCGGGUUUGGAGCGUCCAAUACGGCUGCGGUUACUGGUUCCAGUAGUAUGACAGCUACCCAGAGUGCCGGUCUCCCUAGCACUAUCUCGCCGGCUGUUCCUGGAUCUUCCAUCAUUCCCGCUGCUUCAUCGAGUCCCGGUUUUGGAGCGUCCAAUACAGCUGCGAUUACUGGAUCCAGCAGUAUCUCGCCGGGUGUUUCUGAGUCUCCUAUCAUUCCCGGUAUUUCAUCGAGUCCUGGAUUUGGAGCGUCCAAUACGGCUGCGGUUACCGGUUCCAGUAGUGUGACAGCUACCCCGAGUGCGGGCCUUCCCAGCAGUAUCUCGCUGGGUAUUUCUGAGUCCUCCAUCAUUCCCUUCCCCAACUCGACCACAUUGGCGAGUGAUACCACGGGACCAUCCGGCACCACCAGCGGGGUGGCGACAAUUUCGGGUGCAACUCUGACAGAACCAACGAGUCUCCCUAGCAGCCUGUCGUCUAUCACUGUAUCGUUUUCUGCAACUCAGACGCCGAACGGAUCGCUAACAUUGACAUCGCCCACAAGCAUUGGUCUCUCGUCGGAAAGCACGAGUCUUGCAACCGCGACAAGCCUGGUACCCCCGGCUACCCUACCUCCGCCGCCGCAAGUCUCGUCAGGAGCCUCAAGCACCGGCCCCAGUAUUCUGAUUACCACGGGAUCUGCCCCCAUCAUUGACCCAUCAGCAGCGAGUGAGAUCUCGUCUCUAUUGUCAACAUCGCUUGUGUCGACGCCAUACCCGUUGUUCAACUCGACAGCAUCGAACAAUCCUACAGCGCCUACUAGUGUAGCUUCUACCCCGAGUAGUUCCAGCAGCAUCACUUCAACGAUACUCACACUGACAGUCUCUCCCACGACGGUUUCUCCCACCACAGUCUCUCCCACCACUAUUGCUGGGACUACUCUCACGACGGCAGUACCUGUGGUGAAUUCUACGCUUGUCUUCAGUUCGCAGAGCCAGACUACAACCGAGACUGGUAGCAUUUCUGCACUCGUCACCCCUACACCACCGGGUAGUGUUUUUACCUCUGGCAGUAUUACGGUGACCCUGCCAGGCUCGAUUCCGCAGACUACGCCUGUCUCGAACUCCACUCUCGCAUCGAUCCUUACUUCAGCGAGUAGUUCUUUCAGCCAGUCUUCUAUCUCGAGCGCGCGUAUCCGGCUCUUCAGCUACCGUUCCUUCUUCAAUUUCGUAUCCUCAGACGAACUCGUCGUCUGUUUCUGGCCCCACCUCAGUUGGGCCGUCGACGGCUACUGGUACGGCAUUUACAUCCAUACCCCCCGCGACUCCAGGUCCAUCCGGACCUCCCACAACUUCGGGAUCGUUCACGUUGUCGAACAACAGAUCGAUCAGUUUGAUCUCGAGCCAGACCAUAUCCACAGGCCCUGCCACCAGCGGUCUGUCUUCCGUGCUGUCGAGCGAGCAGUCCAUGACUGGCCCGUCCACGCCCUCCCAAUCUGCAUCUUACCUGCUGUCAAGCUCCAGUGCACCAACGGGACCUACUGCCUCAACAACGGCCUCCGCGGGGCCCCCGACGGUCACGCCGUUCUCAACCUCGGGAACUCUGAUCUCAGCAACUGUGUCAUCCGCUUCGUCGGCCUCUUCCCUGUCAAUCGAUACGACGUGCAGCGAGACGACGAUCACGCAGUCUGUGAGACCACAAUCACUCAAUCGGGCACCACAACCGUCCUGACUUUCUCGCCAACUCUGACGCCGACGCCUGCGUCAUCCGCUUCGUCGGCCUCUUCCCUGUCAAUCGACACAACUUGCAGUGAGACCACACUUACGCAAUCGGGCACCACAACUGUUCUGACAAUCUCGCCAACUUCUUCGACACCUGUCGACACGACCUGCAGCGAAACAACAAUCACUCAGUCAGGCACAACGACUGUGUUGACUCUGUCGUCAGCAUCGUCUACGGGGUCCGAGGCCCGAACUGUUCCAGGCAACACGACAACCCUUGGUGGCGGAGGUUAUCCGAGCACUUUCAGAACCUCGGUCACGUCAUCACUGUCUGAGCCGGUGUCCAACAGUGGUACUGCCAGUACUUCGUUGACAGGGUCGACGUAUGCACAGACAACGCUCCCCACUGCCAUGGUCGAUAAAGAUCGUUGGCACAGCACUCCCACUGGACCCCCAGCAAAGGGACUUGUUGGCCGUGACACAUCUGGUACGGACGGAUCCGUGAAGCUUACUCAGAGUGGACGCGAGAAGCGUCUAGGUGCCUUGUCUGAAUGGCGACGACUUGCCUACGGACAGAUUCCACGCCUGGGACAUGGCAACGAGGAUGUGGAGGGUUAG